GCUCCGAGCGCACCGCAUCUUGGGAAUGUUUUGGUGUAAUUAGACGUCAAUAUAAAUCCUUUUUUUCCUCGGUCAGUUACUUCCGACGUGUGUCUUUUAAUAUUACUCCACGUGAACGCUUUCAGCUGGUGUUUUUAAACGAAUACCGUCUGUAAUAGGCCUUUCCAUGCAUUGAGCUAUUUAUAUCAUAUUCAAAACCUAAAUACACCAGAAGGACCUGUCGUCGUUUGUGAAGAAAUCGACCGGACAAUUGUUUUUGUGUCUGGGCUUUUCUUCCACUGAAAGGAUUUUACAGGCAUCCUGCCACAUCUUCUCCGCAAGUGUCUAUACUUUGGGGCUGAGGUGGACUCGGAUGCCGGUCUGGUAUUUUUCCACUGCCGCAUGAAGCAGCCGUCUGCCAGAACCGAGAUGAGCCGCUUCAACAUCUCUCAUGAAGACGACAGCAGCAGCGCCAACAGCAACGAGUACACCUACUGUCCCACGGACUGUCCACAGAAGGUCCCACUGGGCGGCCAAUACUCUGACAUCGAAGCAGAGAGUCAAAACUUCCUCCCCGAACACAACCUGGGCAAGAAGAAGUAUGAGACCGAAUACCACCAGGGCAACGCCUCCUUCGGCAUGUCCGUCUUCAACCUGGGCAACGCCAUCAUGGGCAGCGGCAUCCUGGGUCUGUCUUACGCCAUGGCCAACACUGGCAUCGCCCUGUUCGUGAUUCUCCUCGUGGCCGUCACCAUCUUCUCCUUGUAUUCUGUCCACUUGCUGCUGAAGACGGCCAACGAAGGAGGUGCGCUGGUGUACGAGCAGCUGGGUUACAAAGCCUUUGGGAUGCCGGGGAAGCUCGCCGCCUCCUGCUCCAUCACCAUGCAGAACAUCGGAGCCAUGGCGAGCUACCUCUACAUCGUCAAAUAUGAGCUGCCCAUCGUCAUCAAAUCCUUUGUGGGAACCAGCAAUGCUGAAUGGUACACCAACGGUGACUUCCUGGUGAUGCUGGUGACGCUCUUCAUCAUCCUGCCCUUGUCGCUGCUCAGGAACUUGGGUUACCUUGGUUACACCAGUGGUCUGUCCCUGCUAUGCAUGGUGUUUUUUCUGAUCGUGGUGAUCAUCAAGAAGUUCCAGCUCCCGUGCCCGCUCCCCGAGGACAUCGACGCUCUGAACGAAACGAUAAGCAAAGUGCUGAACGCCACCUUGUCCCACCUGAACACCACCGCCGUGGACUACAGCGACGACACCUGCACGCCGAAAUACUUUGUCUUUAACUCUCAGACUGUCUACGCCGUUCCCAUCCUGACCUUCGCCUUCGUGUGCCACCCUGCCAUCCUGCCCAUGUAUGAGGAGCUCAAAGAUCGCUCUCGCCAGAAGAUGCAAGGCGUCGCCAACGUGUCCUUCCUGGCCAUGUUCAUCAUGUACCUGCUGGCCGCCCUCUUCGGGUAUCUGACCUUCAACGUGCAUGUGGAGCCUGAGUUGCUGCACACCUACUCCAAGUACUACAAGUCUGACGUGGUUCUGCUGAUUGUCCGUCUGGCUGUGCUGACCGCUGUCACGCUCACCGUCCCCGUGGUGCUGUUCCCCAUUCGUACUUCUGUCAACCACCUGCUGUGCGCCUCCAAGGAAUUCAGCUGGAUCCGCCACACCAUCAUCACCGUGGUCCUGUUGGCCGGCACCAACACCUUGGUCAUCUUUGUCCCCACCAUCAGGGACAUCUUUGGCUUCAUCGGCGCCUCUGCCGCUGCCAUGCUCAUCUUCAUCCUGCCCUCGGCUUUCUACAUCAAACUGGUCAAGAAGGAGUCUAUGAAGUCUGUGCAAAAGAUCGGGGCCACCGCCUUCCUGCUGUUAGGCUUCUUUGUCAUGAUCGGCAGCAUGACCCUCAUCAUCCUGGACUGGAUCCACAACGCCACGGCCAGCCCGGUCGCACACGACGACGGACUCUAAAGCUCCCGAGGAGAGAGGAGGCUCUGGACUGCUACAACCGCGCAAACCAACGAAGAUCAAACCUAUUGUAACAGAAGAAAAACACAAUAACUCACUUGAUGCUCUGCUUUGACUUCCUGAGCGACAAACCAUGCCAUUCCAAGAGAAUGUAUCGAACUUUGUACAGUAUGCUGUUAUAGGCCACACAGAUGGUGUUUUACUUGUUUCUUGUCUUUUUAUUGUACUUUUUUUCAUUGUUGUUUUUGCUAAAUUUCUUUCUUUUUUAUAAUAAUAAUCAUUUAUUAUAUAUAGCGCUUCUCAAGUCACCCGAAGUCGCUUUACAGAGUCCAGUAGUCAUACACACCUGUCAUACCGGUGGUGGUAAGCUACAUCAGUAGCCACAGCUGCCCUGGGGCAGACUGACGGAAGCGUGGCAGCCAAUCAGCGCCUACGGCCCCUCCGACCCCUCCGACCACCACCAACAUUCAUUCACAUCCAUACGAACCGGGCUGAGGCUGCGGUGCAUGUCUUCAUGAUGGUGGGGGAAACCGGAGUACCCGGAGUAAACCCACGCAGGCACGAGGAGAACAUGCAAACUCCACACAGAAAGGACCUGGAACGACCGGGAUUCGAACCCAGGGCCUUCUUGCUGUGAGGCGACAGUGCUAACCACUGAGCCACCGUUGUUCUUUUGUAGUUAUGGUACAGCUGAAAACAAAUAUUUGAAGGUGCCUCGAGCAGAGAUGACAUAGUCGUAGAGUUAAAAAUGCAGCUUACACUCAGGUACGGCGUGCGGCUGUGACCUCAGAGCUCACCAACAACCAAUCCUGCUGAGAACGACGAGGCCACCUCAAAGUUCAACCUCCUCAAGAGCGAUUCAGUUCCUAGCAACGUUUGUUUUUCCUUUUUUUUUUUUUUGUGCCAAAAAUGUAUUUAGCCUCUUUGUAUAUUGAAAAGCACUUACUGUUCAGCACACUUGUGGAGAAAAACAGUGUCAGUUUAAACAGGCGAGGCCGACGACACCGCCUUCUGAGUAUUCGUACCGAGGCUCUGUGACCUUAGAGUGUCGGCUUUCAUUGUAAAACCCAAUAUAAGUCAACAGAACCUGCCUUUUCAAACCCGACACUGGGAGCUGCAGAGUUCCUCAUUCGAGGACUCUCACAAAACUGUAUUUACUCUUUAAAAAACCUGCUGAGGAUCUUGUUGGAAUAGCACGUUCAGUGACAACACUACUGCUUUGAGACCUGGAGGCCACUCAGCCUCCAGUGGAACUUAAUUUGUUUGUCCCUACGGGAGAAUACUUUGAAUUUGACCACACACAGUGGUUGUAUUAUACCUGUUAAACUUGCAGAAAACAACUAAAAACUAGAGGUCAUGUUUCCUAAACACGGGCAACAAGUUUGUCACACUAUUUUCUGUGUUUUUGUGUACAGUUGCGCAGUUUUCUGCUUUCGAAAUGUUUCACAAAGAAGAACUUGAUGGUUCGACUCGGUGUUCGUUUCCCGUCGAGUCGUGAACCUGUCAUCCGACGGUGCACUGUGCUUCCAACACUAACUACACACCAAACUUAUUGUCCAACAUUUAUUUAUGGAAGACCGUAAAAUCAAUGUAAUUUAAUCUAUUUUACUAUAUUUAUAAAAUAUUUUAUGUAUAUAUAUAUAUAUAUCUAUUGAGUUCAAAUGUAUAUACGCUUUUUGUUUGAAUUUUUUUUCUUUUUUACAAUAAUGCAUUGGAGCUGUAAAACAAAAGCGAAAAAUCCCCACGCAGGUGAAUUUGUGAUAUUGAAUUGGCUCCAAUGCACUGGAGCUACAAACGUUCAUCUCUGUUCAGACUGACUGUAUUAUCCUACUGUGUUGAUUCUGUGAAAACUGUGUUACAUGUGGAAGCCACCGACACAGCAGUCUUGUUUCCUUUUGGGCCCUUGAACAAGAACCAUCAGCAAAAUAUUCUUGACUCACAUCUCGGUUGGAGAGUACAUCAGCCAUCUCUUGACUUCAGGAGCAAAGAGGGCUACGCCCACCAGUGUUACAGUCUUGUUUCAAUGAAACAUUAUGUACAUCCUGUAAAUAAUGUCCAAUUAAAAUAGAUAAACAUAAACUAAUGACACGUUGGUGUUCUUUGUGCUCAUGGUGGUCAGAAAAGAGUUUGUGAAUGUGAUCUGUGAGGACGGAGUUACAACUGACAGACCUUUGUUUGGUCACAUUGUUGUCAGAAUGCUCGUCAACCACAAUAAAAGUCCACUAUCAAUGUCAAAUAUAACACAUUAGGUUUAAAACAGUUUUGAUUCAUAAUGUUUUUGAAGGAAAAGACAACAUACAUUAGAGAUAAGACAUAUCAGUUAAAUAUUCUCAAGACAAACAGGUAGCCUACUGUACACAGGUAUUGUCAAGAAACAACCUUUUCUACACUUUUUUCAGCUUCCCUUUCUGGCUUUGAUUUGUGUUGUCCUACAUUAGCAGCAGUUUAUGGUCAGAUGUGGUUUAUGAGGACAGGAGGUUAAAAACUCCCGUCAAAUGGUUUGUACGAGUUAUAAUCCCCCACAGCAACGCCACAAGGGGAUGUUAAGAAUACACCGUUUGAGGGGAAAUGUUUUUAAAUUUUGUUUUAGAAUAUAGGAAAGUAAAAGGUGACAAAUGUG